AUGAACUAUUCAGAAGCAGCCAGAUCCUGCUUGAGUAGGAAGGACUAUGCUGGAUACCUUGAAAACGCUCAGAAACAGUACGAGCUAACAGGAUCUGCAGAGGAUGCAAGGGAGGUCGAGAAGGCAAGGAAGGCCCUUUCACUGCACAAGGAGAUCGAGAAGUUCCUCAGAAAGGACCCCUCAGACUAUUACGACAUUCUGGGUGUAUCUAAAGAUGCAACACAACCCGAAAUAAAAAGAGCUUUCAACAUGUUGAUAAUGAAGUUCCAUCCAGACAGGACUGGAAUUCAUGAGUCCGGAGCUGUCUCGGGAAUGAUCCAGAGUGCAUAUGCAACUUUGGGAAACCCGGAAAAAAGAAGACGGUACGAUAUGGCCAGAGAGGCGCCUACAUUCAGCAGAGCAGGCCCCAGAUUUACCCACGGCGAUGAUAUCAUGCAGAAUGUAUUCUUCAAUGUAUUCCACACUCAGGGAUAUCAGGGGCCAUUCACUUACUCUAAUGACUUGUAUGACCACUUAUACUCACAGAUGUACAGGAGAUUCACCCACAGAAGACAUAGCACAAACGAUCCUGAUGCCCAGAGGAUAUUUGUGUUUCUCAUAGUCAUCGUGUUAAUACUCUUAACAAUGUAA